UUUUCCAUAAAACUGUUCAAAAGAUGAUUUACAGUCUGAGGCGUUUCCUGACUCUUUGUCCAGAACUGACACGAACCAGUCUCAUCUGUAAACGGGUUUAAACUCAACACUGUUUUUAUUCUGUUUAGUUUUCCAUGUUAAACGUCUGUUUAUGAAUAAGUUUCCAGAAUCACGUGUUUUGUCAGAUUGAUGACAUCACACAGAGACUCUGACAUCAUCGUGUUCUCUUUCUAUCUUUUAGAUCCCAUCUUAACCUCUUAGGGCGCAUUUUUCACACGUGCACACGUGUCUCUUUACACUUUCCCAUUUUAAACUGGGAUUCAAACCCACAGCAGGAGCAGCUGAUGCAUUUCCUCUGCGUCAGUGUAAAGUAAAGUCUCCGAGGUUUCAUCGUGUGCGUUGAUGUUUCUCACGGCUCUGAGACGCUCGAUGUGCCGAACGAUGAAACUGCAGAAAAUACCCGUUUUCUUCUUGUGUUCUCUUGACUUCCUGUUUGAAACCGGACCAAUCAGUGGUGAUGGGAGUGAUCAGGCUGAGACUCUCAGGAUCUCUGCCUCCACUCGUCUGUUACAUCUGCACCAAGUUUCAUGCUGAAGGACUCAAGUGGCUCUGAGCUGUUUGACAGAGUGCAGUACCGAGCACGUCCAUCAGAUGGACACAGAGCUUCAUAACACUUCUCCAAAGUGAACAAAUUAAGACGAUCAACGUGUUUUCUGACGCAGAAAAUGUGCGUUAAAGUUAAAGUUGUCAAUAAAGAAGAAGUUGUUGAUAUUUAGAUCAAGUUUCACAUGUUUAAUCUGAUUGAAUCACGUGAGUUUGGAUGAUAAACGAGUUUCUGUGUGUGUCUCUGCCACCGGAAGUCAGGCUGCACUCACUUCCAUAUAUGGUCACACAGGUACAUUUACCGGACACUUCCUCGGAGUGCUUUCACGCUGCUGACUUUCUAUUGGAUGAAGCAGCUGUCACUCAAACACACCGGGAGCGCCUGUGGGGAUGCUGUCCUCUGAUUGGCUGCUGGAGUUAAAAGGAGCAGCUCCAAAACCGGUCAUCACGACACUUGGGGAAACAGGAGAAGGAGUUCAGCUGCAGUGUGAGGUUCAUGGUGCGUCUCCAAAACCUGAUGUUCAGUGGCAGAACAGAGCUGGAGACAUUGUUCCUGCUGAAGAACCUCAGGUCUCUGAAAGAGGAGGCAGCUACGACAUCAUCCUCCAAACGACUGUGACCAAGACCGACCACUAUCGCUGUGUCUCCACACAGGAGGACAUCAACCACCAGACUCAUGCUGAGACAUAUGUACCUGUCCAUGGAGCAGCUCCAGAGCCGGUCAUCAAAACACUUGGUGAAACAAAGGAAGGAGUUCAGCUGCAGUGUUCUGUUCGAGGUGCGUCUCCAAAACCUGAUGUUCAGUGGCAGAACAGAGCUGGAGACAUUGUUCCUGCUGAAGAACCUCAGGUCUCUGAAAGAGGAGGCAGCUACGACAUCAUCCUCCAAACGACUGUGACCAAGACCGACCACUAUCGCUGUGUCUCCACACAGAAGGAGAUCAACCACCAGAUAUUUACUGAGACAUAUAUACCUGUCCCUGGUGAGUUUCUUUAUAUUUCUGCUUUCAAUCAUCCAUCAUCUACACCACUCAUCUUCUGAGAGUCGCA